AUGAUAUUCGGAUUCGGAACCUUCAACAAGAGAGAUAAUACCGCAUCACCAACUCCACCUCCCACGGCAUCAGCAACUAGUCAAACAACUUCAACAACUACAGGCACAAUAAAUGCACCAUCUUCAACUAAUCCAUCAUUUGGAAAUGAAGAAUAUUCUACCGGUGGAGGGAAUAUCAAAUUUCUUCCAAAGGGGCUUGCGAGUGGAACACCAACCACAGCGGUAUCUAGCAAUUCUAUGGUAUAUGGAACUACAUCAAUUAAAGCAUCUAAUAGUCCUGGUAAUUACCUAAACCAAACAUUCAAAUCAAAGAAUGAAUAUCAACAACUGCCGCAGCCAGAAGCAUAUACACCCUCAUCCUACGCACAAACUCAAGUACACCCGCAACAACAACAACAACAACCAUCACCACAGCCACACCAACAACAAACCAAUCAGCCACUUUCACAAUCAUCUACACAAGAAGAACUUCAAGCAGUUCAAGCAUUCACAAAUGGUCAACCGAUGAUUAUAACCACUGAUGAAACUGGGCAAACAGUAAAUGCCAGUUCUAAAAAUUCCCAACCAAAAGGAAAAUUAAAAAUCACAAUUAUUGAAGGUAGAGAUCUUAAUGCAACACAACCAUAUGUAGUAUGUACAUUUGAAAGUUCUGAAUUUGUUACUAAUGCUGCGGAAUCAUUUGGGAAAUCCCCAUCAUUACUUGCACAUCAACCAUCACAUCAUCCCAAGAAUCAUGUGAAUGCCAAUCAUCAUAGUGGGAUACCAAAAGCAUUACCAAUGAGAAGUUCAUCCAUGUUACUAGCUAAUAAUAAUUCUUCUAGACCAUCAUUAUAUCAACGGCAAUUAUCAACUCCACAUUUGAAUUUAAGUAAUGAAUCAACCAAUCCUAUUUGGAAUCAUGAUGCUAUAUUUGAUGUAGUGGGGUCUAAAUCUGAGCUUGAUAUUUCCGUGUAUGAUGCUGCUAAAGAUGAUGCAUUUUUAGGACAUGUAAGAAUUUCUCCAUCAACUACUGUGAAUAAAAAAAGUAGUAGUGAAUGGUUACAAUUAGGAGCUAGAAUUGUUGGAGAGAGAGUGAUCUCGGGUGCGAUUCAAAUUAGAUGGGAAUAUACUUCUUUAGAUAAGAAGAAAUCAUAUGGACCUGAUGAUUUUGAAUUCUUGAGAUUAUUAGGAAAGGGAACCUUUGGACAAGUUUUCCAAGUGAAAAAGAAAGAUACUGGAAGAAUAUAUGCCAUGAAAGUUUUAUCCAAGAAAGUUAUUGUUAAGAAGAAGGAAAUUGCCCAUACCAUUGGAGAACGAAAUAUUUUAGUCCGGACAUCAGCAGCAGCAUCACCAUUUAUUGUUGGAUUAAAAUUUUCAUUCCAAACUCCGACAGAUUUAUAUUUAGUUACUGAUUAUAUGUCAGGAGGAGAAUUAUUUUGGCAUUUACAAAAAGAAGGUAGAUUUGCUGAAGAUCGUGCCAAAUUUUAUAUUGCAGAAUUAAUAUUAGCAUUAGAACAUUUACAUGAUAAUGAUAUUGUUUAUCGAGAUUUAAAACCAGAAAAUAUUUUAUUGGAUGCAAAUGGUCAUAUUGCAUUAUGUGAUUUUGGAUUAUCUAAAGCAAAUUUAAAUAAUGAUGGUACAACCAAUACAUUUUGUGGUACAACUGAAUAUUUGGCGCCAGAAGUAUUAUUAGAUGAAUCAGGAUAUACCAAAAUGGUUGAUUUUUGGUCAUUAGGUGUAUUAAUAUUUGAGAUGUGUUGUGGUUGGUCACCAUUUUAUGCCGAUAAUACUCAACAAAUGUAUAAAAACAUUGCAUUUGGAAAAGUCCGUUUCCCUAAAGAAGUCUUAAGUCCAGAAGGAAGAGCAUUUGUCAAAGGUUUAUUAAAUAGAAACCCCAAACAUAGAUUAGGUGCCACUAAUGAUGCCCGUGAAUUAAGAGCCCAUGCAUUUUUCAAUGAUAUUGAUUGGGAAUUAUUACGUAAGAAAUCAAUUCCACCACCAUUCAAACCUCAUAUUACUUCGGAAACAGAUACAUCUAAUUUCGAUCCUGAAUUCACUUCUGAAUCAACUACUUCAAUCUUAAAGAAACAACAAUUGGAAAUGGCCUCCACUACUCCAUUAUCCCCUGGCGUACAAGCGAAUUUCAAAGGGUUUACAUAUAUUGAUGAUUCUGCUAUGGAUGAUCAUUUCUUUGGAAAUAAUAAAUCAUAUAGAAUGAAUGCAUUUAAAGGACCUGGGUCAUUCAUACCUGGAAAUCCAAAUUUACCACCGGAUGAAGAUGUGAUUGAUGAAGAGAUUGCGGAAGAGGAUGAGAUGGAGAUUGAUGAGGCGGAAGAAGAAGAUCAUCAAAUGGAUUAUGAAUUCGUGAAUGGAAGAUUUGAUCUUUAG